CAAUGCAGCAAGAGUCAGCCAGUUGCAGUGUUGUUCUCCACUACGCCUCACCUCCCUCCGGCUCCUCUCUCUGCAGGCAGGCCCCAGACCCCAAGGCCCACACCACACCUCUCUCCUAGGCAGAAGCAGAACGUGUCUGUAGGAGUAAGAAAGUAUGGGCGCCUACGAGUCUAACCUGGACGAUAUCCUGGCAGAGGACAUGCACCACUGGUACAACAAGUUUAUGAAAGAGUCUCCUUCGGGACUCAUCACGUUGUUUGAGCUGAAGACGAUGCUGGAGAUGCAGGGGAUGACAGAAGAAGCUAGCAGCUACGUGGACCAGGUCUUCUUUACCUUCGACAUGGACGGGGAUGGAUACAUAGACUUCGUAGAGUACAUAGCAGCAGUCAGUCUGAUGCUGAAAGGAGAAAUCAACCAGAAACUGAAAUGGUACUUCAAACUGUUCGAUCAGGACGGAAACGGCAAGAUUGACCAAGAUGAAAUGGGGACAAUAUUCAAGGCAAUCCAGGACAUCACCAGAUGUUAUGACCCUCCUACGGAGGAGAUUGUGACCCUCAUCUAUGAGAAGGUUGACAUAAAUAACGAAGGUGAGUUGACUCUGGAGGAGUUUAUCGAAGGAGCCAGGGACCACCAAGACAUCAUGGAGAUGCUGGGAAAGAUGAUGGACCUCACCAACGUUCUGAAGAUCAUUGUCAACGGACAGAAAAAGCAGGUCAAAUCACCCGAAUGAGGAUGACGUCACUUCCUGUUGCACUUCCUGUUUUGUGGAGAAAGAAUAGGAUUGUUUUGGGGACGGAAAGCAAUUAUAGUGGAAUGUUUAAUAUAUAAUAUAUGGAGGAAAUGUAUAAAAGAACAAACGACGAACUUGAGCAUCUUGAUGAGAAGGUGAAUAUACAUGAAUGGGAGGGGAGCCAUGUCCCAAAUCUCCAUCGACCAAGAAGACUGAGUUGAUGUAAGGACAAUGGAACCAUGCCAGGAGGCCAUGUGACCUACUCUAUGUUCUCUAUUUCUACAUCCCGAUUGUCUUUUUCACCCUUUUCCCAAAGUCCCAUCAUAGAUUUAACCACGCUGGAAACCCUCUAGGCAAUGAUUACACCAAUUAAAUACUUUGAGAUCAAAUGACAGGAAGUGUGGAAGUGCAAGUGUAGAGAAUUGGGAUGCAGACUAUAUGUUCUCUCUGUGUGUAUCACUUGAGUAUCCUCCUCCUCUCACUGUCACCACAGCUCUUCUCUAGUCCUCCUGCUCCUGCUCCUAGUCUCACAGUCACCACAGCUCUCUCUGGUCCUCCUCCUGCUCUCACAGUCACCACAGCUCUCUCUAAUCCUCCUCCUGCUCUCAAAGUCACCACAGCUCUCUCUAAUCCUCCUCCUGCUCUCACAGUCACCACAGCUCUCUCUAGUUCUCCUCAUCUCAGUCACCACAGCUCUCUCUAGUCCUCCUCCUGCUCUCACAGUCACCACAGCUUUCUCUAGUACUCCUCCUCUCACAGUCACCACAGCUCUCUCUAGUCCUCCUCAUCUCAGUCACCACAGCUCUCUCUAGUCCUCCUCCUGCUCUCACAGUCACCACAGCUCUCUCUAGUCCUCCUCCUGCUCUCACAGUCACCACAGCUUUCUCUAGUACUCCUCCUCUCACAGUCACCACAGCUCUCUCUAGUCCUCCUCCUGCUCCCACAGUCACCACAGCUCUCUCUAGUCCUCCUCCUGAUCCUCCUCUCUCAGUCACCACAGCUCUCUCUAGUCCUCCUCCUCCUGCUCCUCCUCUAACAGUCACCACAGCUCUAUCUAGUCCUCCUCCUGCUCUCACAGUCACCACAGCUCUCUCUAGUCCUCCUCCUGCUCUCACAGUCACCACAGCUUUCUCUAGUCCUCCUCCUCCUCACAGUCACCACAGCUCUCUCUAGUCCUCAUCCUGCUCUCACAGUCACCACAGCUCUCUCUAGUCCUCAUCCUGCUCUCACAGUCACCACAGCACUCUCUAGUCCUCCUCAUCUCAGUCACCACAGCACUCUCUAGUCCUCCUCAUCUCAGUCACCACAGCUCUAUCUAGUCCUGCUCCUCCUCUCACAGUCACCACAGCUCUCUUUAGUCCUCCUCCUGCUCCCACAGUCACCACAGCUCUCUCUAGUCCUCCUCAUCUCAGUCACCACAGCUCUCUCUAGUCCUCCUCCUCCUCACAGUCACCACAGCUCUCUUUAGUCCUCCUACUGCUCCCACAGUCACCACAGCUUUCUCUAGUACUCCCCCUCUCACAGUCACCACAGCUUUCUCUAGUACUCCCCCUCUCACAGUCACCACAGCUCUCUCUAGUCAUCCUCCUGCUCUCACAGUCACCACAGCUCUCUCUAGUCCUCCUCCUGCUCUCACAGUCACCACAGCUCUCUCUAGUCCUCCUCCUGCUCUCACAGUCACCACAGC